GACCACUUCUGCACUUUCACUCAUUGGCCCCUCUCCUGUCUCCUCCCGCGAAUGUUCCCAAUAUAACCUCUCGACCUCCCACUUCUCAACAUAACACAUACCCACCAUACACCACAAGUAAAAACACGUACACACACACUAAAAUGAAGGAAGAGUUCCAGAAUAAUGGCAUGUACCUCGAACAAAAUCCAGAAGCUCCAGAGAAUGGCGAUCUUAAGAAUUUUGAUGAUGACGGUCGUCCAAAACGAACAGGGACGGUGAUAACUGCAAGUGCACACAUCAUAACUGCUGUGAUUGGUUCUGGAGUGCUAUCUCUAGCAUGGGCUAUAGCUCAGUUGGGAUGGGUGGCUGGUCCUGCUGUUCUCAUGGCAUUUUCUUGCAUCACCUUCUUCACUUCAACUAUGCUUGCGGAUUCUUACCGGUCUCCUGGUCCUAUAAUCGGCAGAAGAAACUACACUUACAUGGAUGUUGUCAGGUCUCACUUGGGAGGCUACAAGGUUCAGCUUUGUGGAAUUGCUCAGUAUGGCAAUCUCAUAGGAGUUACGGUUGGCUACACAAUUACAGCAUCCAUUAGUAUGGUGGCGGUCAAAAGGUCAAAUUGUUUCCACAGGAACGGCCACCAUGUGAAAUGCCAUAUAUCAAACAACCCUUUCAUGAUCAUCUUUGCCGCAAUCCAGAUUUUCCUCAGCCAAAUACCAAACUUUCACAAACUCUCUUGGCUCUCUAUUUUGGCUGCCGUGAUGUCUUUUGCUUAUUCUUCAAUUGGCCUUGGACUCUCCAUAGCUAAAGUUGCAGGGGACGGGGUCGCAAAGACAACCUUGACGGGGGUAACAGUUGGGGUGGACGUGUCAGGUACAGAGAAAGUUUGGAGAAGUUUCCAAGCCAUUGGAGAUAUAGCCUUUGCUUAUGCUUAUUCAACUGUCCUUAUUGAAAUUCAGGACACGCUGAAAUCACACCCACCAGAAAGCAAGGUCAUGAAAAGGGCCUCUGGAGUUGGAGUUUCAACGACUACCCUAUUCUAUGUCCUGUGUGGUUGUAUUGGCUAUGCAGCAUUUGGAAACAAUGCUCCAGGAAAUUUCCUCACCGGAUUCGGCUUCUACGAACCCUUUUGGCUAAUUGACUUUGCAAAUGUUUGCAUUGCCAUUCACCUAAUUGGCGCUUACCAGGUUUUUGCACAGCCAAUAUUUGGCUUUGUUGAGAAUCGUUGCAGUAGCAAAUGGCCAGAAAACAAAUUCAUAAACACUGAACAUGCAGUUAAUGUGCCACUGUAUGGUACUUACUACAUUAACUUGUUCAGAUUGGUGUGGAGGACAGUAUACGUUAUACUAACAGCUGUAUUAGCUAUGAUAUUCCCAUUCUUCAAUGACUUCUUGGGCUUGAUAGGAGCAGGCUCUUUCUAUCCUUUGACUGUGUAUUUCCCCAUAGAAAUGCACAUCGCACAGGCAAAGAUACCAAAGUAUUCUGUCAGAUGGAUAUGGCUUAAAGUACUCAGUUGGGCUUGCCUGGUUGUAUCACUUGUUGCUGCUGCAGGAUCCAUACAAGGGCUUUCCCAGGAUGUCAAGACAUACAAGCCUUUUAAAACACAGCAAUAAUUUCUGCAACAUAGUCAAUUUGUGAAAUGUGUUUGAUGUAGCAUUUCAUAAUAAGAAUUUUGCAAAAUAUGCAUCCAUGUCAUUUCACUAUCUUUACCAUAAGCAGGUUUUGCUUUAGAGGGUAGAAUGGAGAACGCACUUUCAACUUGACAUGUACCAAAGAGAUCAUACUUAUCCUUAAGGUGCU